ACAAUGUCAAUAUGAAUGUUUUCAUUGUUCCAAUCUCUCGUUUCAGAGUAGUGUUUUCACUCCAGAAUAUAAACUUCUAAAAGGACAAGGAUUAAAACUGAAAACAUUCAAAUGAAGAACAUUAUUUGUUUCAUUUUUAAUUAAACAUUUUAUUUUAAAACCCUACAUGCAAAAAUUAGUCCUUAGUUUCAGGUCAGUGUGUCACAAAUACAGCUUUUCCAUGUUUUCUUUGUUUAUUCUUCUUUUAAAAUGCUCUUACUUGAUCAAAUCCAUUUCUAGUGAUAGGGCUUACGAAGACACUGGCAAUAUGAAAACCAGAGGAAAAAGAGUCGCUCAGAGAGCUUUCUUGAAUAACAGUUUUAGAGCAUUAUUACUAACACAGCUUUUCUGUAUCACUAUGAACUGUGUUCAUGCAACAAAGCUAAUAAAAUUGUAUUUUCAUAAUAUUGUUUACAUUUAAAUAAAAUAUCCAUAAGUUCUUACCCCCUUCUGUAUAAGGUUGGUAAGAAGUUUUCAUCAUACCUUAGUAUGCACCCAGGUAAGAAUGAAUAGAUUUAUAGAUAACAUGGAUAGAUAGAUGGGCCUUAGUGUAUUUACACCAAAUUUAUACAUCCCAUAUAAUCUUGUUCUUAUAACUAGAGAGAUGAUAAGAGAGAACCUCUAGAGAUGUUCUCCAGGUUUAGACCAGACUAGAACAGCAGCACUUCUUGGUAAGGAUAUGAGACCAAUUUUAAAGCUUGCAAGUAAAGACGUUUUGUAUAUUGACCUGAAUUAAGCUUUGAGUACUGUGCUGCAAUGCAGACCUGCAUUCCUCAUUAGCAAGACAGGGUCAGGAUCAUAAUAGCUCUCCAGUCACACCACACUGAUAGUAGGGCUUCCUUUGCAGCUGUGCUGAGAUGAACCAUAGAGUACUUUGCUAAUACCACAACUAUACAGACACACUGUGAUAUUGUAGACACACUUUGGCUAUCCCAUCUAAACUUGAGGCCAUGAUUUCACAUAUGUACCUGGAUCCUUGAAAACCUGUUAUGUUGUCUUCUACAUUUGGGACAGUCAGAGCUCAAACUGUAUGUACUGAAUGUCUACUGAGGAUACAGUUAGGCCUGCUUGGAACUUGUGUACCAUGUGGACCUUGAUCUGGAAGAAUUUGGGCCGAAUUUAGAUUCAUUUUGGUUUAUGUUAUACUGUAUUCCAUUGGCAAAUUCUUUUUCAGAAAGAAGUCUUUUAUUUUUCAUGUCUUCUCCUGAUCUACUUAGCCAAUUCACUGGGCUCUGGGAAGUGAUCUUUCCAUGCAUUUAUCCAAGAGAAAAGUUCCAUUCUCUUGAAGAGAGAACACUUCCUUUUGGCAUCAUCACAACAUCCUGUCUUUAAACCUUUGAGAAUUUCGGCUUUUACCCAUGGGUUUUAAAAAACAGUGAGAUGUUCCUCCUGGGAGAAGUUUUUUCAGGCCUUGGUGACAUCAAACAGUUCCCCUUCUAUCUGCAGUGAAGACAGAUUUCCUCUCCAAUCUCUUUACUGAUGUUAAAUAGCCAUUCUUAGCAAAGAUGUUGUUUAGGGGUGCUUGAAGGCUUAAAAGCUUAUAGUGUUACUUGAAUAGGGGAAGAUGAAAGGAGAAUUUAUUUUUGUUAAUGAAUAUACAUUUUAGCAAUCAUGACCAUUUUUUUGGUCAUGUAACAUUUUUUAUCUCAGUAUCAUAGCUGAAAGGGCUUACCAAAUAGACAGCAAUGCCAGCUCAGCAAGGCGUAAAGAUCUAGAAAUUCCAUGCUUAAAAAAAUGUCCAUUACAAAUACUUUCUGAUGCAAUAGUGUUUCAAAUGCGUGGCGAGGAAAGAGAGUUGAUGUUAUUGAAAGUUGAAAGGGAUAAGACAUCACACACAUCAUUAAUAUUUUCCCUACUGUCCCCAACACAAAAGUGGUCUGUAGCAGUUGUGCAUCUGAGACAAACAUUGAAGAUAAAAUAUUUCUGGCUUAGCUAGGCUCUGUCCAGACCUUUAGCCUCAACAGGAUCACGAGAAUAUCAGCCAUGACCACAAGAAGUCCUGCUACUAAGCUCUUGGCAACAGUACUGCAGCAGAGUUGGUUAUUGAAGAAUCAUGGAAAGACUUGUGAUGGAAGAGACCUUUAUGUUCAACUAGUUCCAACUACCCGCCAUGCACAGGUUGAAACUACCAGCUAGUCAGCCUCAUCUCUGUCCCUGGAAGGAUGGUGGAAGAGUAGAAGUUAUUGGUACCCAGUAUGGAUUCAUGGAGGAAAUCACACCUGAUUGACCUGGAAGCCUUCCAUGUUGUCAUCAUCAGUUGGGCAGAUGUGGGGAGAGCAGUGGAUGUUGUGUUCCCUGACAUCAGCAAGGCUUUUGACACUGUCUGCCACAACAGGUGACUUGUGGUAGCCAUGAAGGAAAGGUAUCCCUUCAAGAAAGAUCUAGUAUGAUAUCCAGGCAAGUAGACCACCAUGGUGUUAAGUACCUGAAGGAAUUAGCUCUGCUAGAGGUGAUGAACAAUAUGGGAAAAAAAGAGGGCAGAUAUAGAUUGGAUGUUGGGAGCAAAUUAUGUAAUUGGAGGGUGGUGGCACUCUGGAACAGGUUGCCCAGAGGAGCUGUGGAGCUGCUGCCAUCUUGCUUGGCAGCUGAGGGCCUGUGCCCACACCUCCUGUGAGGCGGUGACCGUGAUGUCACAGCGAGUGUCACAGAGCGGCCAUUGUGACCCGCAGGGCUGGGAGCAGAGCAAAGGCUGCCGGGCUCAGGCCAAGCGUCAGUGUGGCCUGGUGAGGCGCGGAGAGCACAGGGUCUCCUGCAGUCUUCACUGUUGAAGCACAUAAUGUCUGAUAGGAAGAGGAAGGCCUCCAGCUUGGAGGAGCCAGGUGAGUGCAAAGCAUCCCUGCACGCAGCUCCCACAGAAGGGCAGAGAAGUGCUGGGGGUUUUCCUGUGGCUGAGAGAGAAGGAAGAGGCAGGCAGGGACUCCCCAGCUGCUGCAAGGCAGGACCCCUCUGCUCCUUAGCAAGGGGAUCCAGCUUGAGCUGUGGCUGCCCGCUAGCACCAUUGGGCCUGCCAUGGCCUCUUCCCCUCCACUGCCUCCAGACAGCACAUCAGGCACAGAGCAGGACCCUGGGGAUGGCCCUCAGGGACAUCUGGCCCCGCCAGGUGUUCACCACUGCUCACAUUUGCUCUCUCCUCUCCAGUGUGCAUGCUGUGUGGUCGGGCGGAUGUUGACCCGGACACCUUUGGGUAUCUUUGUCAGAAGAAUGGGAUUCUUGUCCAUUCAUUUUGCCUGGUGAGUUCCCCUGGGACUCCUUUCGGAUUCCUACAAGUAAUGGUCUCUUCCAUUCUGUCUAAUGAGAACUUCACAGGUUUGUAAUUUCAAAGAAUCAUAGAAUCAUGGACUGGCUUCUUGUUGUGAAAGUUCAAUCUUGUUCUACGAUAAAUCUCCCCUCUUUAAGUUCAGAAAAUCUUAAUUUCUUCUUUUCUCUUUUAAAAGCUUUUUGCCACCGGCCUUUAUCAAGAAGACAACUUUCUGUUGGGAAUUUUGGGGUUUCCCCUUGCUGCCAUCACACACAAGGUCAAGCAGGCAACCCAGAAGGUGAGGACCUGAACAAAGCAGGCAAAUUAGUACCAGGGGAGGCUCAUACAAGUUUCGUCUGGAGCCAAAAAGAGCAAAUGCAGCCACUGCAACUAGCUCCAGGACAAAGUUCUGUGACAGCAGACAAACCUUGUCUACCAGGCAGCUCUGGAGAAUGUAACACAGAAAUGCCCACAAUCUGUGCUCAGUCAAGUUGCAUGAGGCUGGCUGUGGAGACACAGAACCUGCCGCUGAUGGGGCUGUUCUUUUUCCAGCAAUGCUUUGUUUGUGGUGAGAGGGGGGCUGCCAUCACAUGUGCAGAAAAUGGCUGUGAACGAAGCUUCCAUCUGCCCUGUGCAGUGGAUGGGGAAUGCGUCACCCAGUUCUUUGGGCAGCACAGUUCCUACUGCUGGGAGCACCGCCCUCGACAGGCAGUUCAGGAAGCUCCAGCAGAAGGCACCAAUUGCCUCAUCUGCCUUGAGCCUGUGGGGGACAGCUUGUCCUAUCACAUCCUGGUGUGCCCAGCAUGUAAACAUGCCUGGUUCCACAGGCGCUGCAUCCAGCAACAGGCCUUCAGUGUUGGCACUCUGAGCUUCCAGUGCGCCAGUUGUCGAGAAGAAGAUCUAUUCCAUUUGGAAAUGUCCACCAUGGGAAUCCAAAUCCCUGCCAGGUUGGUGUUUUCUGAUUUUGCUGACAUUAAGUCUGUAAUACUGGGCCUGCCCGGGGAAUGUCUCGGCAGGCCUGGACCUUGGCUGUUGCAUGAGCACGUGCCCCAGCUUCAUAGUGAAUCUGGAAGUAGAGUUGGGGUGGAUAGGUUUGGAUAACCUUGGUUCUUAUGCUGGGGACACUGGGGGCUCAUCACUUCCCCCCCCUUCUCUUGUAGAAGACCAACAUGGGAGGACAACAAUGCAUACGAAUCACUUCUCCAGAGGCACAGCCGCUGCGAUGCCAGCAAAUGCCUGUACCAUGGAGGGAGGGAGCAA